AUUUCCGCUAUUGGUGUUAGUUGACAGUACUGUAGAGAUUGACGAGAAACACGCAGUUCAGAGGCCGUUGAUGGACCAGCCUGGUGAAGAGGCGGGGUUAGAAUGGGACAGAGCACCUCGGAACAAGAGGGCCAAGAACAUGCAGAUGCCCCUCUGGAAGAAGGGUUUAAUAACAUCAAGGCGUUUGUGGAGGAAGAGCUACAGACGAGCAUGAUGAUGGGGAUGGUGAUUGGUGCGGGCAUCGCCAUAAUCCUCAUCGCCAUCCUCAUCUUCUUCAUGCUGCGGAGGAUCCAGCUCAGAACCCUGCAAGCCCAGGAGGCCCCCAAGUAUCGAUUCCGCAAGAGGGACAAGGUCAUGUUCUAUGGGCGAAAGAUCAUGCGCAAGGUGUCCCAGUCCACCUCUUCCCUGGUGGGCACAGCCUCCUCCUCGCGCCCACGACUCAAAAAGAAGCAGAAAAUGCUCAACAUUGCCAAAAAGAUUCUGCGUUUUAAGAAGGAGGUGCCCACCCUGGUAGCUAAGGAGCCUCCUCCCUCAGUGCUGGAGGCAGACCUUACAGAGUUUGACGUGGCCAACUCCCACCUGCCCUCUGAGGUGCUCUACAUGCUCAAGAACGUCCGUGUGCUGGGCCACUUUGAGAAGCCUCUGUUCCUGGAGCUGUGUAAACACAUGGUGUUCCUGCAGUUUCAACAGGGAGAGUACGUCUUCAGACCGGGCCAGCCUGACAGCAGCAUCUACGUGGUGCAGGACGGAAAACUAGAACUGUGCCUUACUGGAAUGGACGGCAAGGACGGUGUGGUGAAGGAGGUGUACCCCGGAGACAGUGUCCACAGCCUCCUCAGCAUCCUGGACGUCAUCACCGGACACCAGAAGCCGUACAAGACUGUGUCGGCGCGGGCGGCUGAGGUGUCUACCGUACUGCGUCUACCUGUCGAGGCCUUCCUCUCCAUCUUUGAGAAGUACCCUGAGAGCCUGGUGCGGGUUGUCCAGAUCAUCAUGGUUCGUCUCCAAAGAGUAACAGUUCUGGCGCUGCACAACUACCUAGGGCUCACCAACGAGCUCUUUAGCCACGAGAUGCAGCUCCUGCGCCUGCUGCCCCUGUCCCCCCACCCCGUGCCUCGCACCAGCCCCCAGCGCCACAGCAAGCGUUUCGGUAGCCUGACCGUGCCCGCGGAGGACCGCGAGGCCGCCGUGAAGGACGCAUCAGAUCCUGGGAAGGAUGGAGCCACAGUCCCACCAACCCUCAGCAGGACCAUCUCCAUGCCUGUAGACAUCGCCGGCAUGCAGAAGAAUCUGCGGUCGGAUUUCGACAUGGCCUACGAGAGAGGACGGAUCUCAGUUUCCGCUGAGGACGGCAACACGCCACCCACCUAUACACGGGAUCAGCGGGAGAGGAGGGUGACCGUAGACGAGGUGCCGUCGGGGGUGUACCUGUACCCCGAGGAGGAGGGGGGUCCGGACAACCAGUUCUCACCAGGACCAGGACCCGUCCCCGGUCGCCCCAGCCCUGCCCUGUUCGAAGAGGCCCUGAAGGAGCUCCUCAAACUCAUGAGGAUAGAGGACCCCGCUCUGCUGAAUGGGAGAGUGACUCUGCACCACGCCAAGGCAGGAACUGUGCUGGCUAGACAAGGAGACCAGGAUGUGAGUCUCCACUUUAUCCUGUCCGGCUGUCUCCACGUGUACCAGCGGAUGAUCGACAAGCAGGAUGCGGUGUGUCUGUUUGUCACCCAGCCGGGUGAGAUGGUGGGCCAGCUGGCCGUGUUGACUGGAGAGCCCCUCAUCUUCACCAUCAAGGCCAACAGAGACUGCACCUUCCUCAAGAUCUCCAAGUCUGACUUCUACGAGAUCAUGAGGGAACAGCCCAGUGUGGUUCUGAGUGCAGCCCACACCGUAGCCAUCCGCAUGUCCCCCUUCGUCAGACAGAUGGACUUCGCCAUAGACUGGAUGGCUGUGGAGGCUGGCAGAGCCCUCUAUAGGCAGGAAGACCAGUCGGACUGCACCUACAUAGUUCUGAACGGACGUCUACGAUCUGUUAUACGUAAAGCUAACGGAAAGAAGGAGCUGGUAGGAGAGUACGGUCGAGGGGACCUCAUAGGAGUGGUUGAGGCUCUGACCCGACAGCCCAGAGCCACCACGGUCCACGCGGUCAGAGACACAGAGCUGGUCAAGCUCCCAGAGGGAACGCUCAACAACAUCAAGAGGAGGUACCCACAGGUGGUCACCAGGUUGAUCCACCUGCUGGGACAGAAGAUCCUGGGGAACCUGCAACAGGCCCGCGGACCAUUCUCAGGUUCUGCCCUCGGCCGGUCCAGCGUAGCGUCCAGCCCUGAUGUCACCAACCCGGCCAGUAACCUGUCCACUGUGGCCGUACUGCCCAUCUGUGACGAGGUGCCAAUCAACGCCUUCAACCUGGAGCUCAGCCACGCCCUCAGCGCCAUAGGACCUGCCCUGCUGCUGACCAGUGACAUCAUCAGAGAGCGACUGGGGGCCUCCGCUCUGGAUAGUAUCCACGAGUACCGUCUGUCUGGCUGGCUGGCCCAGCAGGAGGACAUCAACAGGAUAGUCCUGUACCAGACAGACUGCAGUAUGACUCCCUGGACCCAGCGCUGCAUCAGACAGGCUGACUGCAUCCUCAUCGUGGGCCUGGGGGAACAGGAGCCUGCGCUGGGACAGUUAGAGCAAAUGUUGGAGAACACCGCGGUGAGGGCCCUGAAACAGCUGGUGCUGCUCCAUAAAGAGGACGGCUCGGGGCCCUCCAGGACCGUAGAGUGGCUCAACAUGAGGAGCUGGUGCUCCGGACACCUCCACCUCCGCUGCCCCCGCCGGGUCUUCUCACGACGCAGCCCCUCAAAACUGAGGGAGGUGUAUGAGAAGGUGUUUGAGAAGACAGCGGACAGACACAGUGAUUUCUCUCGGCUGGCCCGGGUACUGACUGGGAACAGCAUCGCUGUGGUGCUGGGAGGAGGAGGAGCCAGAGGCUGCUCCCACGUGGGAGUGAUCAAGGCCAUGGAGGAGGCAGGGAUUCCCAUCGACAUCGUGGGUGGGACGUCCAUCGGGUCGUUCAUCGGGGCGCUGUACGCCGAGGAGAGGAGUGCGGUGCGCACCAAGCAGAGAGCCCGCGAGUGGUCCAAGGCGAUGAACUCCGUAUUCAAAACCAUCCUUGACCUGACCUAUCCCAUCACCUCAAUGUUCACCGGCGCCGCCUUCAACACCAGCAUCUCCAAAGUGUUCCAGGACAAGCAGGCUGAGGACCUGUGGUUGCCCUACUUCAACGUGACUACUGACAUCACGGCGUCCGCCAUGCGUGUGCACCAAGACGGGUCACUGUGGCGCUAUGUGAGGGCGAGCAUGACCCUCUCAGGGUACCUGCCGCCCCUCUGCGACCCCAAAGAUGGCAACUUGCUUAUGGACGGGGGCUACAUCAACAACCUGCCAGCGGACAUCGCGAGGAACAUGGGCGCCAAGACAGUCAUCGCCAUCGACGUAGGUAGCCAGGACGAGACGGACCUCUGUAACUACGGCGACAGCCUGUCGGGCUGGUGGUUGCUGUGGAAACGAAUCAACCCCUGGGCAGAGAAAGUGAAGGUUCCAGACAUGGCAGAGAUCCAGUCCAGGCUGGCCUAUGUGUCGUGUGUACGUCAGCUGGAAGUGGUGAAGAAGAGUGCCUACUGCGAGUACAUCAGACCACCCAUCGACCGCUUCAAGACAAUGGACUUCGGCAAGUUUGACGAGAUCUACGAUGUGGGCUACCAGCACGGCAAGCUGCUCUUCACCGGAUGGGCCCGUGGUGACAUCAUCGACAACAUGCUCAAGGACCACCGCUCGGCAGACUACAAAGACAGCAAGACCAAGACGGACUCCUAUACGUCUCCAGGGUCAGACUUCACUGACCUGGCUGAGAUAGUGUCCAGGAUUGAGCCGGUCCAGACCUACGUCGAUCCUGAUGCUGCUGAGGCGGGGGACGAGUCGGACUGCCUGACGGAAUAUGAGGAGGACGGGAUGGACACGGUGAGAGAGGAGGAGGAGGAAGAAGAGGAGGAGGAAGAGGGGGAACAGGAACUCUAUGACCUCUCCCCGGGAGAGUGGGGUCAGAACGGAGUCUUCCAGGCGGAGGAGAAGUCCGUCCGCCAGCGGAGGAAAACAGAAGGUGACACCAACACCUACUCCGAGCUCUCCGACUGCUGACAGGAGGAGAGGAAAAAUGAUAAAGAGACCGACUUUGGGUCCAAGAACUAUGAGGAAGGAAGGAAAGGAGAUAUGAGUCAGGCUCUAGGCCAAAAACUAAGGAGGUGGAAGAUGAAAGUUGGAUGUCGGGCAAUUUCUGCAGCUACUGUAGUUCAACAAAUACUUAUUUAUCCCAACUCUAAUCUACCACACCUGAUUCUAAUAAUUAGCUGGUUUAUCAAAUAAAUCAGGGUAGUUACAUCAAGGGUUGGAGUGAAAACCUACAUGAGGGCUCUCCAGGAACAGUGUUGGAGAGCCCCGCUCUAACCCCUGACCCUUAACCCGUAAGCCAUUGGUCCACUGGUGUCCAGUGUGACUUGGACCAUGAAUGGACUCGCUCCAAUCUGAAGAUGGACUCAACUGGGACCCCUCCACUCUCUCCCUCCUGCCAAAGCUGAAAUACUUUUAUUGGGGUGACUAAAGUGUGUCUCUCAUACCACAGGGAACACAUUAGUACAUGGUUGAAGUUAAAAACCUAGUCUCUUUAAGCUCCAAUGCUUUGGCCCUAUUCAGACUGUCUGUCUGCAUGUCCUGUCUGUCCAUAAUCAGGAGAGGUUCUUAUUGAUGGUUCUCUGUUAAGACACAGAUGGGUAUUACGUGGAUGGAAGUUGGAAAGGUGUGUGUGUGUGUGUGUGUGUGUGUCAUUGUGAUUUAUUUGCUAGUAGUAGUAUUGAUGUUGAAUGGAGAGGGAGAGAGAUGUGUAAAAGGCUGAUAAUGAAUGAGGUGCAAAACCGCUGACGUGCACAAACAGUAGAAAGACAGAUGUAUACUGAACAGAAAUAUAAACACAACAUACAACAAUUUAUAAAAAGUUUUACUGAGUUCAUAUAAGUAAAUCUGUCAAUUGAAAUUCAUGAGGCCCUAGUCUGUGGAUUUCACAUGACUGGGCAGGGGAGCAGCCAUAGGUCCACCCACUGGGGUGCCAGGUCCAGCCAAUCAGAAUGUGUUUUUCCCCACAAAAGGGCUUUAUUACAGACAAAUACUCUUCAGUUUCACCAGCUGUCAGGGUGUCUGGUCUCAGACAGUCCCGCAGGUGAAGAAGCUGGAUGUGCAGGUCCUUGACUGGUGUGGUCUGCGGUUGUGAGGCUGUUUGGACGUACUGCCAUAUUCUCGAAAACAACGUUGGAGGUGGUUUAUUGUAGAGAAAUUAACAUUUUUAAAUUCUCUGGCAACAGCUCUGGAGGACAUUCUUGCAGUCAGCAUGCCAAUUGCACACCCUCAAAACGUGAGACAUUUGUGG